GUGUGUGUGGUGACGUAGUGACAGUCACCUAGCUGUCUGUCUGCAGCGUGUCUUCUCUCAGCUUGUUGGAGGUUUUAGCUCUCUGCAGCUCGUCUCUCCUCCUGGUGACCAGCAGCCAGAUGAACCGGCCGUCCAGCAGUUGAUCCUCAGCAGUCAGACAUGGCGGACGGUGAAAUAGAUUAUAACAUCGUGUUUCCAGAUGCGGGGACGUCUGAGAGACACUGGCAGGGGACAAAGGAGCCGGUUGUGAUUCUGUUGGGCUGGGCUGGCUGCAAAGACAAACACCUGUCCAAAUACAGCUCCAUCUACAACCAACAGGGAUGCGUCACUAUCCGUUACACAGCUCCGUUGAAGACGGUCUUCAUCUCCGAGUCGUUUGGCUACAAAGAGCUGAGCAGCACGGCCCUGAAGCUGCUGGAGAUCCUGUAUGACUACGAGGUGGAGAACAGUCCCAUUUUCUUUCACGUGUUCAGUAACGGUGGUUUCAUGCUGUACCGUUACAUCAUAGAGUUGUUGCACAGCGAUAAACAGUUCAGCUCCUUGUGUGUGAUCGGGGCCUUGGUGGACAGCGCCCCAGGUAGCGGGAACGUCCGCGGGGCCCUGCGCGCUCUGACGGCCACCCUGGGGCCCAAAAUAACCCCCGUGUUAAGGUACGUCCUCUUAGCGCUGUUCGCCGUGACUGUCUUCCUGCUGCGGAUCGUGCUGUACCCCGUGACCAAGUACAUCCACAAGAACCACUACGACGCGGUGCAGGAGAGGCCGCCCGCCUGGCCUCAUUUCCACCUGUACUCCACAGCCGACCAGGUGAUCCGCCACAGGGACGUCAAGGUUUUCGUGGAGACCCUGAAGCAGAAAGGCGUCCCCGUGGACAGUUUCGAUUUCGUUUCCAGCCCCCACGUCGGUCAUUUCCGGGAUUUUCCUGAGCAGUAUGCUCUCAAGUGCCGCAGUUUCCUGAUCCAGUGCAUGAAGGACUCUGAAGGGACUGAGAUGAAGAAGAGACAGAGGGUUCAGAAUCAGUGAAACUCUCAGGAGCUUGUGAAGAAAAUCAAACCGACUACUUUGUCUCUGUGGGGUCGUGCAUUCCUGCUAGACGGCUUCUAUUUGAGCUGACGAGAACAAGAUCUUGGAGAUGUUUUUCCGUCCCAGUGCACAUACUGUAAUGGGAAGGUUCCACAGCGGUUCUGCACCUACUCCAUGUGUGGAAAAGCCGUUUGAAACACUGUAAUUCACGUAGUGCAGGGAUGGGCAACUUAAAUGCUGGAGGGGGCCACAAUUUUUCAUGGACACUACCACAGGGCCACAUAUAGGAGCGUGAACUUAACCAGAUAUGAUGAAACUGCAAUUUUAAAUAUGUUUACAGUGCAGUAACUUAACAUAUUUCAUGCUCAAAUGCAUGUUUAACAGUAUAAAUAGGAAUACAAAAGGUUUGAAGCCAAUAAAAAAUAACCACUUACUGUGAUUUCUUUUUUUCAGUGCAAGAACAGCAGACCAACAUUAAUUUCAAGAAGUAAUUUUGUGCAUUUUUACACUACACUUUUAAGAUUUCAUGCUCAAAUGCAUGUAGUUGUACUGAGGACCACUUCAAGUAAGGGUGCGGUCCAUAUGUGGCCCCCGGGCCUCCAGUUGCCCAUCCCUGACAUCGUGUGUGGCACAGAAGCCUAACCCUGCCUACUCCAAUGUUUCUGCAACAGUUGCACUACAGGCCAAAAGUUUGGAAGCAAGAUCAAAUUUGUACAAAAAAAGAUCAUCAUUGCUAUACUUUGCAGCAAAAUAAUCAUGAUUAUUAUAUAAAUGUCACUUAUUAGAACAAGUUUUUGCUAUAAUUAUCAGGUCUUUAGGUUUUUACAGCUUAGACCUUGUGUAUCCCUCUUUCCUUAAUGUAUAAAUCUGAACUCUUGUUUCUUUUGUCGGAGAUAUGAACACAGUUGAGAUUUAUUGGGAUUUUUGUAUCAAAUUUUUUUAAAAGCGAAAGAGCUAAAGGGAAAAAUGCAAACUGUGAUUUGUUUUUGUUUUUUACUUUUGCACUGAGGUUGUGACUCCUGCAAAUCUUCUAAACCCUAAAACUUAUUUUCCUUUGUUGAUGUUUAUUCUGCAAUGGUCUGGUAACAUUAAUGUAUACCUAAAAGUAAAUUGAGGAAAAUGGUUAAAUUCAAUGAAAGUAAAGUCUGAUCAUGUAGUAAACAUCCAAAAAUCAAAAUGAUCCAUACUGGAAAACCAUUGUGAACAGAAAAUUUAAGUUGCUUCCAAACUUUUGGCCUGUAGUGUAAAUAUAUACCUUGUGUAAAAAAAUAACAAAACAAACAAUUGCUAUACACUGGAAAAUAAAUCCUUUAGGAUAAUUUAAAUGGUAUUUAAUAUUGCUGUGAAAUGUGAUGCCUUGUACAUUAGUAGUAGUGAUUCUAAAAACUGAGGUUGGGUAUUGGAUAAUAAUUUCUAUCUUCUAUUUAUUAAAUUUAUAAUGUAUUUAUGGAUUUAAAUCUCACAAUUUGUCAUUAAAAGUUGAACACAAGGGCGCUUACAGUGAAGGCAGCUCAGAUAUUCAUAAUUGUUUUUAUUAAUAACAAAAAGAAAAAUGUUGCCUUUAACAGCAAAUGCAUUUUUGUUAUUAGUUUUUUGGUCCAGAAAUUGUAGAAUACCCAGCUCUAAUAUGUGAUACACAAUUGUGUAAUUGGCAAAAGGUGAUAGACAAUGAAUGUAUAUGUCCAACACAACCAUUGUGUACUUUCUAACUGAUGUGCCUUCAAUAAAUUAGAAUGCUCAUUGAAAAAA